UGUUCAGGUGUGUACAGGUGUGUUUAUCUGAGUGGAAAAUGGCGAGAAUGAUGACGAUAUCUCAGAUGAUCCUGGGCUUGUGCUUCCUUACAGCCUUCACUUCUUAUGUCUCAGGUUCAGUUGUAACGUCCUGUGAUGCAUGCCACGAGCGGGCGUCCUGCUCCCCAGUGCUGAAGGCCGGUCAGACGGCCUCCUCUCCGCACUCCUCCAACUGCACCUGCUCUAAAGGCUUCUCUGGAGAUGGCAUGUCCUGCUAUAACACCACCAUCUGCAGUGCAGCCGCCACCUCCUGCUGCGCAGCCGGGUAUCGCUGGUCAGCCGAGCAGGGCUGCGUGGACGUCGAUGAGUGCACUGCCGCUAAGAACCCGUGUGCCGCUCCACUCGUUUGUCAGAACACACCUGGAUCCUUCACCUGUCUGCUGCCACAGGUGAAUGGUAACCCGCAGUCCAGCCCUCGCCUGGUGCAGUUCAGCUGUGGCCGCGCGGUAUGUAGCCUUGGCCAGGACUGCAUCACCAUCAACGGGUUCGCCCGCUGUGCUGACCCGUGCCAAGAGUACACCAUCCUGGACGACCCAUGGCGUUCCACAAACUACAAGACCAAUGGCACGGUGCACUGUGAUGUGGGUGUAAACUGGCAGGGCUGGUACAGGAUGUAUCUGAAUGGUGUCAGUGUCCAAAUGCCUGAGAGGUGCAUCCAACCCUGGAUGUGUGGCACAAACUCUCCCCUCUGGCUGAAGACCCCCCACCCAGUCAACUCAGACGGUGUGAUGCAGGGCACUGUAUGCGGGAGCUGGAUUGAAGGCUGCUGCAAUUUUGAGUUCAACAUCCACGUCAAGGCCUGUCCAGGAAAUUACUACGUCUACAAAUUCGUCAAGCCACCACUGUGCUACUUGGCCUAUGCUGCAGAUGCCAACACGAAGGUGUGCAGCACAUGCAAGGAGGGGACGUCCUGCGUGAGCGCAGACAAGAUCACCUGGACCUGUCAGACUCAAGAUCCUAUCCGCCUUGCUGGUGGCAACCGCACUUGCGAGGGCAGGGUGGAGCUGUACCACGCAGGCCGCUGGGGCACCAUAUGUGAUGAUGACUGGAACAUGAACGCUGCACAAGUAGUGUGCAGGCAGCUGGGCUGUGGGAAGGCCUUGGCUGCUCCGGUGAACGGGCGCUUUGGCCCCGGGAGCGGACCCAUCUGGAUGGACAACACGCAGUGCCAGGGAACAGAGGCCUACUUGGUCCAGUGCAAACACAACGGCUUUGAGAACCACAACUGCGGACAUUACGAGGACGCCGGGGUCAUCUGCGAAGAGCCAUCGAAGCCCCUUGUUCCUCAGCUGGUGUGUAACAGGACCAUGAUGAGAAUUGGGGUACCAACUACUUACACAGACCCCAACCUACUCAACACCACUUCAGGUCACCUGGCGGACCCCAGCUGUGUGGCCAAGCAGAUUGUGAACGGCACUGUGUGGUACGAGGUCCAGAGCCGAGCAGCCGUGUGCGGAAACGUGCUGAAGACCAACAGUACUCAUGCUGUCUACUCCAACACUUUAUUCCUGUACCCUGUAAACGUCAGUGAGUUCUCGCUGCCUGUCGGCUUCCCCUUCUCCUGUGUUUAUCCACUGGACUCCAACACCAACAUGGACUUUGCAGUCAGACCCUACCUCUCGAUGCAGGAGAUGGGUCUGGUUGGUCUUGGCCCUGGUGCCCACGCCUCCAUGUCCCUGUACCGUAAUGCCAACUUCACUGAUGAGUAUCCCUCCGGUUCUGUGGUCCUGCCGGUGGGCGCUCCGCUCUACGUGGGUGUGAAUGUUGAUGAGGUGGAGGCGUCUCGCUUCGCUGUGGUCCUGGACGAGUGCUAUAUUACAGACACGCCUAACUCUGAUAAAUCUGAGAGAUAUCAACUCAUACAGAACCGUUGUCCUAGUGAUCCACGUGAUGUAACGGUGGUUGAGAAUGGAGUGUCUCUUCAUGCCCGCUUCACUGCACUGCUCUUCCUCUAUCAGGGCAACUAUAAUGAGAUGUACCUGCACUGUGGCCUGAGCCUGUGUGACCGCACCACGGAGUCCUGCGCCACGAAAUGUCGGACUAGAACCACUCGCUCCAUCCCCAGCCACAAAUCUCUCACCCUUGGGCCGAUUAACCACUCUCAGCGCCACUUGACCGUGAGGCAAGCGGACCCGCAGACUCAACCUGAGAUCCGAUUUAAACCUAUAGGCUCCUCCAGUCCAGACGGUGGUGUUGGGCUGUCGGCUGCGCUGGUUUUGACGGAGAUGAUGCUGACCAUUCCCCUCGCCUUCUGCAUCCUCCUCCUGCCGGUGGUGGCUGCGAUUCCACCAGGGUUUCAGGUGCGCCUGGUGGGCGGGAGGACCUCUUAUGAAGGCCGUCUGGAGGUGUUCUAUAACGGAGCAUGGGGCACAGUGUGUGAUGACGAGGUCACGAUCAACCUGGCCAAUGUGGUGUGCCGUGAGCUUGGGUAUGCUCGAGGCCUGACCUGGGCGCACAGUGCCAAAUUCGGAGAGGGCCAAGGUCCAAUCUGGCUGGAUAAUGUGUUAUGUACGGGCAUUGAGAACUCAGUAUCGGACUGUCGCUCCAAUGGCUGGGGUGUGAGUGACUGCACCCACGGAGAGGAUCUGGGGAUAGUGUGCAGCCCGGACAGUCCACAGCAGGGCCACGUUCCCAGAUAUGUUGAAAUAACCCAGCCUGCGGUCACUCCAGCCCGGCCACCGGAGACCUUCAGAAGCACCAUUAGCGCCUCCACCAGGCGAGGGCACGAAAUCGCCCUGAACCGCAACACCCAGCGGGGCUCUCCGGCCUUACCACAACUAUCCGGACAUCAGAUCCAGCUGAGGCGCAACACAUCCCCUCGCAGACAGGAGAACUCCGUCCCACGAGGACACCAGCUGCCAGGUCAUCUGCGUAACGGUGCAGCCUACAGGCGGAAUCAGGACAUACCACCCAGACCUGUUGCCCAGUCUGCCCAGCAUAUCCCAGAGCCAUCUACCUAUGAGAGACCACUUCCUGUUCCUGUUAGCAGGCCUGAGCCAUCGUAUCAGGAGGUGGAGAAUGGCAACAGAAUGGACACUGACUUCACAAACACUGUGGACCAGGUCGUGGGGAGGGUGAGUUUGGAGGACGUUCGGCUCCGUCCCGUCCUGCCAAGUACCCGGGGCUCUGCCAUGGUGACGGAGGGGGUGGUUGAAGUGAGGCAUGCUGGAAGAUGGAGGCAUGUGUGCAGCCUGGGCUGGGACCUCAGCAGCAGCAGGGUGGUGUGUGGGAUGUUGGGGUACCCCGCCGCCGAACAACACAAGGAGCACUUGUACAAGAAACAGUGGGAUUCCAAGAUGGAAGACCCGGCCAUGCGGGCUCUGGUCAGUAAGAAGGGUUACUGGGUGGAGAGAGUGCAGUGUUCGGGCACUGAGACCUCCCUGUCACAGUGCCAGGCUCAGCUGUCCAUCCCACGUAACGAUGCAUCGUGUAUCGGGGGCAUCUACGCCGUGGUGCGCUGUGUACCAGGGCCACAGUUCUCCAGACUCACACCUUCUGGACAGCCCCAAGCCCCGUCCACCUCACAGGUGGUGCGUCUAAAGUCUGGUCCCAGGCUUGGUGAGGGGAGAGUGGAGGUGCUGAGGGAGGGGAAGUGGGGGACAGUGUGUGAUCAUCUCUGGGACAUCACAGCCGCCAGCGUGGUCUGCAGGGAGCUCGGCUUCGGCUCGGCCAAAGAAGCUCUCAGAGGAGCACAUAUGGGCCAAGGUACUGGUCCAAUCCAUAUGAACUCAGUGCAGUGUACGGGCAGAGAGCGCUCUGUACUGCAGUGUAAAUAUCAAGAAGUUCCUCUCAGGACCUGCAAACACGCCCAGGACGUGUCUGUACGCUGCAAUGUCCCUAAAACUGGCCUGGGAGCUACGGUACGAUUGGCUGGAGGGCGGGAGGCAGCAGAGGGCAGGGUGGAGGUGUUGAUGGAGGUGGGCGGAGUUCAGCGCUGGGGGUCGGUGUGCAGUGAGAACUGGGGAAUUAAUGAAGCCAUGGUGGUGUGCAGACAACUGGGAUUCGGCUUUGCCUCCAGAGCCCACCAGGAGACAUGGUUCUGGCCCGGGAACCGAGAUGCUGAGGAGGUCAUUCUGAGUGGAACUCACUGUAUUGGGAUGGAGAUGUCUAUCCAGCAGUGUCGCAAGAAUGGACAGGUGUAUUGUCCUCGUGGGGGCGGAGGCAAGGCUGCUGGUGUCACCUGUGUGGACAUUGCACCUGAUCUGGUGGUGGACGCACAGUUGGUCCAGGAGACGGCGUACCUGGAGGACCGGCCUCUGCACCUGCUCACCUGCGCCCAUGAAGAGAACUGCCUUUCCUCCUCAGCCGCCCGCAUGAACUGGCCCUACGGUCACCGGCGUCUGCUGCGCUUCUCCUCCAGGAUCAUGAACCUGGGCCGGGCCGACUUCCGCCCGAGAGCAUCACGAGACGCCUGGGUCUGGCACCAGUGCCACAGGCACUACCACAGCAUCGAGGUUUUCACACACUAUGACCUGCUGACCAUGAACGGCACAAAGGUCGCUGAGGGUCAUAAAGCCAGCUUCUGUCUGGAGGACACCUACUGCCCUGAAGGCCUGUCCAAGCGCUACGCCUGCUAUAACAUGGGGGAGCAGGGCAUUUCUGUGGGCUGCUGGGAUACCUACCGCCACGACAUCGACUGCCAGUGGGUCGACAUUACUGACGUCAGGCCAGGAGACUACAUCUUCCAGGUUGAAGUUAACCCCUCGCUGGACAUGGCCGAGUCAGACUUCCAGAACAAUGUGGUGCGGUGCAGGUGCAGGUAUGACGGAGGGAGGGUCUACCUGUACGGAUGUCAUGCUGGUGAUGCCUACAGCGCAGAGGUGGAGGACCUGUUUGAACACCAGCGUCAGAUUUCCAACAACUUCCUCUAACGUGGAUCAGAAGGACAAGGACAGGAAAAAACAGGACUUUCUCUCCUUCAUCAUCCUCUCAUCCUACUCCAGGAAGGAAGGAAGGAGGGGGAGGUGAAGGACGUGAACAAGGCUAAGAUAAACAGAUUAUUAUGGGCGGUGGGGUUUCUGGACUGAGUUUGAUGAGUCAUUGAGUUUAAGUACAUGGUUUUAGUACGGGACCGAGUUUUCUAAGGGCUUCUGCCCUCAGUAUAACUGAUCCUUUAACAGACUGAACUGAACAGAACAGAACAGCUGCACAGCUGGAUCUGUAUAACUGCAGUACUUUUGUUGGACCAAUAGGGGGAGCAUGUUAGAGUAUUAGAUUGGGCCAGAGGGGCGGGAAGGGAAGAAUUCUUAGAAAAUAGUUGGGAGAUAUUUUUAUGACAGAAAAAAACAGAUUAGUUGUGAGAGUGAUUGUGAGUGAUUGCGAUUGUAUGUGUGUGUUUUGUAGGACCCAUUUACACCAGGUCACAUCAUGUGAAUAGUAACUGGAUUGUAUCUUGAUGCGAUUUUUUUAACUACAUGCAUUUACAUUCGGUAGACAAAUGCAGAUUAAAAUCCGUUUGGUGUUUGAGACAGAAAAUUGCUUAGAAAUUAAGCUGUGUUCUAUUUAACUAUUUAAAGGAUGAUGGAGCUCAAAAAAUAGCCACACUUGAGCUAUGUACAGUUAGCUAAAGACAACUCGUCUGACCAAAAAUAUCAAACCAAAAUAUUCCCCACAUUAAGUCCCUCCAUUAGCAUUAUUAUCGAUACCGUUUAAUUAUGCAUUAUGCAGCAUUGCAACAUUUUCCACCGACAGAAGUUGGACAUUACUGUGUGAAAGACUGAUUUAAGGUAGAGGUUAGAUUGGGCCCAAAAAAUCCGAUCCGGCCCAGCCCGAGCCCGUGCACGUUCUGCCCGAGCCCGACCCAACCCGAACCAUAAACUGUCAUUAUGAGCCCGACCCAACCCGCCCCAUAAACUGACUGUUUUCAGGCUGUUUGAAUGAGCGAAAUAUAAUCAGAAUUAUCUUAAUUAACACUGAAACAUAGAAGCAUAGAACUAUUAUUUAAUUAAAAUGAUUUUUAAGAACAGCUACACACAGUGCUGCAAGUCAAACGUGGAGGAGUUCACGUGCGAAAGAGAGAGAGAGAGACAGAGAGAGAGACAGAGAGAGAGAGACAGAGAGAGAGAGAGUUGUGUGUUCUGGUGUAUGAGCUACUCACAGGUAAAGGUUCUCACAUACUGUAUCUCCUGUUUCUCUUUUAUCUCCUCGUGCUCAUAUUCUAGUCCCAUACAGAAUUCUGCAGCUCCCUCUGUGUUUUCUGUCGUAUUUUGCGGCGCGAGCGCUUACAACUAACACCACGGACACUGUUGUGCCGAAUCCGACUCGCGGGAGUGAAAACAGCGCUUAUAAAUAAAUUAGUUUUUUCACUUUCAGUUUUCUUUGUUUGGUUAGUUUUCGUUAACAAUAAUAAAAUAAAAAUAUUAUUAAAAAACAGAUGCCUACAUCUCAGACUAUUUUUGGGCCUCAGGUCAGGUCGGGUUCGGGCAGACAAUCUAAGCUCUAAUUUAAGGGCACACAAUAAUAUAUAGAAGUUAUAAUAAACUGUACGGAACAUCCAACUAUUUGCAAAUCUUGGAAAUCCCAACAUCCAAGUUUAAAUGGAACUCAGCUUUGAACUAGUUUCUCAGAGUACCUUUUUGAAUUGGUUUAAGUAAUGAGAUUAAUGUGUUUUGGUACAAUCCUGAUACUCUAGGUGCAUAAAGUGACCAGGUUUAAACAGGGUCUAGGAUAAACCAAUUUUUUUUAAUACAGCAUCUGCCCUUGCCAUCCUGUUUAGAGUUUAAAAUGAAUCUCUUUAGAAGUAGCAGUAGUAAUAGUAGCCUUGUAUAGAAAGACUGACCAGACAAGACCAAGAAAUAUUUUAAUUAAAAAAUUAACAAAGACAAAUAAUGUAAUUAAAAUCAAUGGGCAAAAAUAAUAAUAAAUCAAAUGCUUUGCUUUCGGUAGAUUUUCCCUGAUUUAGUCUUCAGUGCUUUUAAUUCUUUACACUGAGUGCAUUUACACGCACCUAAUAAUCUGAUGUGAAGUGCAGAAAUAGUUGACCAGUCAGACCAUUUACAUGCAAUUGGGCAAUCGUAUAUUGGCGAAAAACCCGAGUUUAAAUGAAUCAGACAAAAAUCCUUAACUCUCUAAACUUGAGCCCGUGCUACAGAUUUCUCUACAUUUCUGCAAAAAUGGAGAAAAGCUUUUUUUGAACAAGCAUCUGUUGUACCUGGUAUUUAUAGUGUGUAUGCCCUGUGCAGAAGAAACUGAGGAACCCAAAAGAAAUCAGAGUAAGUGUAUACAUGUGCUAAUUAUCUGAUCUAUCUAUCAGUGUGCACAUCUUUAAUAAUCAAAUAACUGCAAAAAAAUCUGAUUAUAAUCAGAUCACUGAGUGCAUGUACAGGGGUUGGACAAUAAAACUAAAGCACCUGGUUUUAGAGCACAAUAAUUGAUUGUGGUGACGGACAGUUCUGGUGGAAACAGGAGAGUUGAGGUGCACAUUGAAUUCUGCGUGAUUUGAUCAGCCGUGGUUUUAUGUUUUUUGGAUACAAUCCGGGUUAGCACCCGAACAUCCCUUUCAGACAGCUUCCUCUUACAGCAUCCACAGUUAAUCCUGUUGGAUGUGGUUGGUUCUUCUUGGUGGUAUGCUGACAUUACCCUGGAUACCGUGGCUCUUGAUGCAUCACAAAGACUUGCUGUCUUGGUCACAGAUGCUCCAGCAAGACGUGCACCAACAAUUUGUCCUCUUUUGAACUCUGGUACGUCACCCAUAAUGUUGUGAGCAUUGCAAUAUUUAGAGCAAAACUGUGCUCUUACCCUGCUAAUUGAACCUUCACACUCUGCUCUUAUUGGUGCAAUAAUGUGCAAUUAAUGAAGAUUGGUCACCAGGCUGCUCCAAUUUAGCCAUGAAACCUCCCACACUAAAAUGACAGGUGUUUCAGUUUCUUUGUCCAACCCCUGUAAAUCACUCAGGUGUUUCUAUUUUGUUGACCAGUGGAUCACUGUCACUGAUCACUGUGCUUUUUGUCAAUAGCUAAAAAAGUUUAAUUAAUUUAAUUUACAGUAAAGUCCCUUAAACUGACACUUGUUUUGCAUUAUUAAAUAUCUCAAUAGUACAUGAUUUAUAUACAACCAGUAAACACUUGAGUACAGAUUAGUUCAGUAGUAAACACUAAUCAAAAAGGGUGCUUUGACUCAUAGUCAAUUUGGUGCUACAUUUUUAAAAUUAUUUAAACCAUGCUCUGGCUUUUUGUAGAUAUGAACCUACUUCACUAUCAAAAAUGAUCUUCGUUUCUUUAUUUUUUUACAUUUGUGUGCAUGCAUAGGCUGAAAAAAUGAAGAAAAUCAGAGAAAGUGUAUUUGUGUGCUGAGAAAUCUGAUUGCUGAGCUAAAAUCCUGCUCGCAUUAUUGGAUUUCUUAUUCUAAUUUCUAGGCCUUCUAGUCCAGUCUGAGAAAUCAGAAUUUGCUCUUUACAUGACCACUUGCAUAAACAGAUAACAGAUUAAUCCAGUCUAAUCAGACUGAAAGUGAUCAGACACUCAUCUCAACAGAUCAACAGAUAUGAUUUGCCUGCAGUCUGAACACAGCCGAACAGAGCCAAUACGCUCAUUUGAUGUUUUCGUUACACCUUAAAACUCGAAACUGCUGCUCCAUUUAAGGUGGCACAACGUGGCAACCUGGAGGAGAAAGAGCAUUGCUGAUUUCCUUUUUAUCUCUUCCACCUUAAAUGCAGAGGUGGAAAGUAAUGAAUUACAUUCACUCAAGUUACUGUAAUUGAGUAGAUUUUAUGAGUAAUUUGUCAUUUUUAAAGUAGUUUUUAAAGUAGGUCAUUUUACUUUUACUCAAGUACAUUUUGACACAAGUAAUUUACUUUGCUACAUUGGAAAACUCCCAAUUACUGAGUAAAAAAAAUAAAAUGCUGGGAAAAAAACAAUUGUCUGAAUUAAAAAAAAAAAAUUGCCACUGUCAGCUUUCAAAACUUCCACAUCAAACCUGAGAAAACAUGUGGUGUAAUUACUUUUAUCAUUAAACAAUCUGCUUAAAUGUUAAAUAUCAGUUAAAGCACAGCAAUGGCAAGUUAAAAAAUAAUAAUGACCUGUUAAAUUAUAAAAUUACAGUUUAUAAUCACCUAUAUUACCAUAACAGGAAAAAAAUGGAUCAUAGAAGCCUAUACCACUUGUUCUUAAAAAUGUUUUAUGGGCUGGUCUGAACAAAUACUGCCUGAAAGAUCCAAAUUAUUAUGUGGAAUAAUAGUUCAUUAAAAACAAUUUAAUUUAUGAUUUGUUGUACUUUUUUUACAUCAAAUAACUAAAAGUAACUAUGUAACUUUUACUUAAAGUAGAUUUUAAAUUGAGUACUUUUUUACUUUUACUCGAGUAGAAUUUUAGAUGGGUACUUUUACUUUUACUUGAGUAAAAUUUUGGCAAAGUAAAGAUACUUUUACUAAAUUACAAUUAUUCAGUACUUUUUCCACCUCUGCUUAAAUGUUGCAGGUUUUAUAAAAUUAGGAUUUCAUCAGCUGUGUAUUUGAAUUUUUGGUUUUAGUAUAUAGACAAUAUAUGAAUUUGAUGAUAAUUAUUAUAAAGUCCUCCUAUAUCAUUUAAAAACAAGUCAGUGGUUAAACAGACUCUCAAGCUUAGUUGAUACUAAAGAUUGAACUGAACAGAACUGUAAAGAGCUGUAUAAAGGGCAUAUCUUAGGAAAUUAUUCCCAUGCAGUAUUCAGAUAAUAAUAUAAAUAUACACUUGUAUUUUGAAAAAGUGUCAGAUAAAAAAAUUGUCAGGUAGGAGACCCCUUAUCAGAAUUCGGUACUAUCGCAUUGUCCCUUGAUUUUACAAAUGAAAUGUAAAAUGUACUGAUGAUCAGUGAUGGUUUGGAUCCACUGUGUUUUAUUAUCAAGUCUAAAGUCAGUGCAGUUUUGUUUUCCCACAAAAUCUUACAGCACUUUUAUAGAGAUGUGGAUUUCAUUUUCCAGCAGGAGUUGGCACACUGCCCACACUGCCAACAGUACCAAAAGUACCAAUUGGUCUUAAUAUAUAAUAUUCAAAUUUUCUGAGACACUGAUUUUUGGGUUUUCAUUGGCUGUAAGCCGUAAUUAAUCAUCAACAAUAAAAUAAAUAAACGGAUAAAAUAGAUCACUCUGUGUGUAAUACAUCUAUAUAAUAUAUGAGUUUUACAUUUUGAACUGAAUUUCUAAAAUAAAGUACGUUUUCAAUGAUAUUCUAAUUUUUCGAGAUGCACUAGUAUGUUUUAGGUUAAACCUUGCUGUGACCCCCUUCCCCCACAUCUUCUGUUCCUGUAAUGUAGCAAAGAGCAAAUUAAACAUAUUGGACUUGGUGAUAGGAAAUGCACAUGAGCUGGUAUUAAGAGCUUAGAUUAAAUUUAAGUUUAAACAUAUGAAAUAUUCAGUAUUUAAACCCCACAUAUAUUCAGUAUUUUGGUGCUGUUCAGUUACAUCAUAUCCCAAACUAGUGGGCUGUGUGAAAUCUGUCAUCCCUUCCUACAGAUUUUUGGACUAUUUGGAACAUUAUUGACGCUCAGCUGCAGCUGUUGGUGCUACGUUUGAACAUUUGAUAAAUAUGUAUAUGCUUCAUUACAGAUGUAUCGUCAUGUUCAGAUUUAUUUGAAUAAUGAUUUUUUAUAUAUAUUCUGGUUGGUCUGUAAUUUACGACAAACUGACCUUUGACCUUUUUGAUACUUUUUUUUUGUUAUUGAAUUUUUAUCUCUGAAAAAAAGCAACGGGUUAGUUUUUACGAUGUUUUUUUCACUAAUACUUGAAAAUAAACAUUUGAUACAUGAAA